AUGCCGACAAAGGUUUUUCACUCGCCCGUGUUUCGGCAACCACGUAAUUGGGGAAAUACCUAUGGAACCCGAAUCAGAGGCUACUUUGUGCCACAGAAGACGGGAUUACACAUAUUUUUUAUAGGUAAGAAGACUAGACACGCACACUGUAUUUGAUUCUUAUUUUUUCUGCAUGGACCUUAUUUUGGUUAACUCAAGGAAAUAAUUUUGCUACGGACGGAGUUUUGAAGUGCUAAUCUGAGUUUCCUUACGGUUAGAGGAUACUUUUUUACUUCAAAAGUGGACCAUAAGUGUCGUAUUCAAAUUGUUUUAGAGACUAAAAAAGUAGCUAGUAGAUUCUUCGCACGUCCGUGGUUUGCAAAAAUGGUGUUUUACUUCUUUGCAUGAUUAAUGCCUGUCUCCCGCAUUUAAGAUUUUCAAUAACACUGAUGAAAAUUUUUAACGGGAGAGAGGGGAGAGAUAAAAGUACUUUUCCUCAGAGGAUGUUGAUUUGGUGUUAAGCGGGCUAUAAAUUACUACAAAGGCGUUUAUUUUUUCACUCCUUCCUGUUAAGUUACAAAGCGCCCAAGUGAGUACUUUAAAUUAUGCUGAAACAAUGUUUUGCUCCUUAUUUUUUCAGCAUGCGACGAUGCAUGUCAGCUCUUCCUCAGCAUCACAGAUAACCCAGACCGAAAGAUAUUAAUAUGUCGGGUUCAAAAAGGCCACGAGACUCAAUACAUGCAAUUCACAUCGUAAGAAUUCUGAUGCCAUUUCCACUCGUAUCAAAGUAAAACGACCAUGGGUAAAACCCUUUGGAAAAAUCGAAUUUCGCGAAUAUAUAAGAUCUAUAAUUGGAAUAUCUUGAACAUCACCGAACUUGUUUUCAAAGCCUUAGUUACUUAAGAAUAGAGAAUGAAGAACGAAUUUUAAAUUUUUGGCAAAUAUCAUGGGUUAACCCUUUUGAAAAAACUCCAAUUUCGCAAAUGUAAGGGUUCUAUAUUUUUAAAGUCUAAUUCCAUCUAGACCAUCACCAAAAAGCGGUUAAAGGGGUAAAAGGGGUUAGAAGCAUGGGUUAACCCCUUGGGAAAAAUCCAAUGUCUCUAAUAAAUAAUAUCCAUAACUAUAUGGUCUAAAAAGGUUUAUUUACUAUUUACAACGUCACCAAAUAUUUUAAGGGCCUAAUUGACACGAAAAUGAAGAAAAAAAAUUAAACUUUUUGUUUAAAUCUUGGGUUUAUCCCUUGAAAAAAUUUGUUUUCGCGAAUACAUAAGUUCUAUAUAAUUUAUAGUCAAAAAGAUUUUGUUUUCAUGAUUUCUGGAAAAUCACCAAACAGUUUUUCAAUACCUAAUUUACUCAAAAAUAGAGCAUGUAGAUAUUUAUAUUUUUUGCCAAAAUCAUGAGUUUCAUUGGUAAAAUCUAAUUUCGCGAAUAUCUCAAAUCUAUAUUUUUAUAGUCUAAAAAGCUUUGUUUUCUAUCUAGAAGAUCACCAAAAACAUUUAAUUUUCCUAACUUACUCUAAACUAGAGAAUGUAGAUUUUUGUAAAAAAAGAUUUUGCCCAAAAUUAAGUGUUAACCCUUUUGAAAAAUUCAAACUUUGCAAAUAUAUCAGAUCCAUAUUUUCAUAUUGCAAAAAGCCUUGUUUUCUAUCUAGAAUACCAUUAUAUUAAAAAUGUUUUACAAGCGCUAAUUUAUUUAGAAUAGAGAAUGACGAAAUUUUUUGGCCAAUGGGUAACCGCUUACGAGAAAUGCAGUUUCUCGAAUAUAUAGAUCUUUAUUUUCAUUUCAUCUAGAACAUCUCCAAACAUUUCUCCAAGGCCUAUUUUGCCAAAAAAUAAAGAAUGAAAAAAAAAUAACGUUUCAAUUUGUGGCCAAAAUCAUUCCCUAUUGGAAUUACGUCUAAACUCCUCGCCAUCGAGAAUCAUGCGAUUACAGAACUGUCGGUCAUUAGUAUAGGUAAUAGCAUGAUUAGUAACGAUAUUUGGAAUAAAUACCACGAGUGAAAUUUCGAAAUUGUCUUAUGUAAUUUCACGAGCCGUUAGGCGAGUGAAAUUUGAGACAAUGUUGAAAUAUCACUAGUGGUAUUUAUGCCAAAUAUCACGUACAAAUCAUGCUAUUAUUUGUUUAUAGUACUACCCGCAAAAGGUUUGUAAUUUUCACAUGUAGGUAUUUCAAAUUAAGCUGAAAUACCACUGCUCUAAGCCAAUCAAAUUUCUCAUGAAGUAGUAUAACGCUUUAAAUACACUGUAACCUGCACUAUAGUAAUUUUUAUUCAGCCAUGAGAAGUUGAUCAAGGUGACAAAGUAAUUUUAUUUGAUCAUCUUAGUUACCAAGAACAGCAAUCUGACCCUAUACCACUAAGAAAAGGUUCGUAUUACUACAUCGAGGCGCUUUACAAGGAGCAGUAUGGCAGCGACCACAUUGAGGUAGCUGUUCAGACGCCCGAUAACAAAACCUAUGCACCGAUCCCCUCCCAGUUUCUGUGGACACUUGCGCCCUCUAAGAAACAAGGUAUGGAUGCCAUUUUUUUCUAAUGAGUCGAGUUGUUAGGAGCUCUAAGCUAUACUAGAAAGGAGAGGAUAAUUAUACAAAUGCCUGCCCCAACCACAACUUCCAUAAUAUUACAGAACUCUCAUUCUAGCAAAAGCUAUCAUUACUUGUGGCAGUCUGAAACUUCUCCCUAAAACGAACAUUCAUACAAUUCACAACGUACAAAGCCACAAUAACAAUUCAUUAGGGUAAUUGUGACAGCUUUGCAUAAACAUUGCACGAGUCGUUGUUCUAUUGGUAUGCGGGACAAACAUGAAGUUGUGACAUGCAAGAUAUUUUACAUUAUACCUUAAAAUCGUCGGCAUUCUUUUGACAUUUUCGGUAAUCGUAUUGGAAACGUUUCUGCAAACUAUGAAUAGUCAAGAAUGAAUGUUUUUAGAAUCUUCAGAAAAUUGUCGGUUCAAUUUUCAGCUGAUUCAUUCCAAUUGUUGGACUUACCCAGGAGAUAUCGUCAAACAUCUAUUCUGUUUUACAGCUAAAGGAAGCGUGCUUCUUCUUAUGAAGAUUGCAGCAAAGGCAGGCGCGAAAGCGGGAGCCUCCCUUGGCAUAGCCGAAGCUCAUAAAAGUGGGGCAAAUGCAGGAGCCAAGGCUGGGUAUUCAGCAGGUGCAAAGGCGGGAGCAGAGGCUGGGGUUAAAGCAGCAACUGAUGCAGCUACUAAAGUGGCCACCCAAACACUAAAAAUCGCUCUGGCAAAACUUGGACUACCGAAACCAGUAAGUUUUAACAAUUCUUGGUGAAACUUAAGCUUUUAGAAGAGGAAGGGGCAUUAGCUUAUCAGCAUCACGUGACCGCAAUGCAAGCUUAGAUGUACUUCAACUCCAAAGCCACGUGUUUUUGUCGUUGCCUGCUCAUUGGAGAAAGGGGACAAUUGUUACACUUUUGCUGUGAGGUAUUAGUUUGCUUCGCAUGGUUUUUAAAAGGCUUAUGUUAGCCUUUUGUUUCGUUCAAGUAGAGGGUAGUAUUUAAAAGACGCUCCGUUUUCAGAUUAUUUCUAAACAUAUUUGCCAUCAACAAUUUGCAUGGUCAUUGUGAAAAUUGUUUGGUUUUCUGGCUUCUCGAUACCCUGAGGAAUAUUUUCAAUAUAUAGAUUUAGCCAGGGCUAAACGACGCCUCCGUUUAUACUUAUAAUAAAAGCAAUUAACAUAAAUUCUAAGGCACUAAAAAGAAAUCUUUAAAUCCCUACUUAAUUAACUUUAGGAGCAUUCGGCAUCAGAUUACCUUUAGAGGGAGGAGUAAAUGGUUAACAAAGCAUAUCCCGCGAACACACCUGAAAUGAAAAAAUUUUCCCAGCAAGUUAAUAGUCGCAUAUUUACAGCUAAAAAACAUUAAACGUCUACUGGUCGAUCACUGCACUGUACCUAGAAGUCUUCCAAAAUUUCGUAUGCAUCCGUUCGAACCCCCUACCAAACCCUUUUGUGAAUUCGAAGUUAUAGGUCUCUUCUGUAGCAGCAUUUUACAAGUGACGAUUUCUAGGGUCAGUAUUUCUGUCUUUAAGGAAAGACCUAAAAAAAAAAUCAGGCUGACUUUUGUGUUCCCUUAAGCUAAUUCUGUGUUUUCUUAUCGGCCCCUGGACGAACAGUUACGUGCGGCCCUUAUAUUUAUACCUCUCAUGCAAUACCUGAUAGAAAAUUUCCCGUAAGGUGUUUAUUUUCUUUGAGGACAGACUAGGAAAGAAAAUUUAACAAUAGCCUUUCACUAAUAACUCAAUAAUUGUUUAACUUACACAAACUGUGCAGUACGUGUUCAAGUGCCGUGCAUCAAAAUACAAACUCGGGCUCACAAAGCCAACGAGUCUGUCGUUAGAAGAAAGGAGAACUCUUUCAUAUUUUAGAUACUGUUUUUCAGGUAGGAUAGAAAGUGUAAACAUACGUAACAAACUUCAUUCAAGCGGUAUUCAGGGCACGAGCUGUUAUGGAAAAAGGGAGGACACUGAAAAAUUCUUCAGUGGCAAGUAAUGAUUAAGAACAGGAAUAAGAAUUCAAUUGAACAUGUAAAACUUACAACAACACUUCAGUUUUAUUCAAGAAAGGCGAGAAGCUCGUCUAAAUUUCAAGAUCUGUUGUCUCCCGAUCCUGUCUUCAGCUAAUGUUAUGAAUGAACAAUAGACAGAUAAAUUACUUUUUGAAAAUGUUUAUUCGAAAACCCAUAAGUUAAUCCUUAAAAGCAAUUCGCGUAACACUAACGUUCACGAAAGGAAAAUCGGCUGCAAAAUUUAACAUAAAGUAAUUUUCAGAUCGGAGCUGGCACAUUUUGUACUUUUUCUUUCACGCCGAUGUCAAAAUGUACAAAACGUUUGUCAAACGCCAAUAAUACAUAAUUUUUCAUUUAAAAACGUACUUUCCUUGACCAUAGAGUACAGAAUGACCUGAAAUUUCUUCAAGAACUUCGCUGCCUUGGUUGUCUCAAAACAAGCCAAGCGCUUCGCCGUUAAGCUUGCGAAACCUUUCGUUUGUCCACAAAAAAUAAGCCGAGCAUUCUUUUGAACUUUUCCUUUCCAUUUGUGUCUUUUGUCGGUGUAUUUUCAACUUUGAAUGCAACACUUUGGUCUUGAAAACCACAGCAUGGUUAAGGCGCCCAAGCCAAUUUAUUGAAAAAGGAUGUUGUUCACUUUUUAAACAAUAGAGGACAAAAAACUCUCUUGAAGGGGGAGAGGAAUUCGUAUAAACUUAGUCCCUCCCUGAAAGAACAUACGGACGUAGUGACGUUAUAACCAAAUUUUCCUGCAUUAAUAGUUUCUAAUUUCCAUACCAUUGGAGGCUCCGCCGCGCGCGCCCGCUACAAUAUAAUAGCGAAACCUCAAUUGCUAUAUAAUAGAAGAUGGAAAUCUAUCGAUGCGAAAAAAGUCGGUUAUGACGUCAUCCUACGCCUACCCGUCCGCUUGUACGGACCGGGCAGGGAAGGACUAAGUAGAUUCUGCAAGGGAGGAGACGGGGAAUCCAAGAAAUGUAGCUUGCGUUUGUCUUGGCGAAACGAAAACCAGUCAACCUAGAGGCAGCCAAUGUAGUGUAUCCAGUAAAGAUAUUGAAUUUCGUUUGUUUGACGACAAACAACUUGAAACGUUGACAAAUAUGGUUUUAAGGUUGUGCCUUUAAACACUGAUGACUGUUACAUUCCGGGCCCGAUAGAAGAAAACUCAAAAGUCAGCACAAUUUUUCUUUCAGGUCUUUCCUAUUUAUUAGGGAGCUUAAGCAACGACGACGGCCACGGCAACGAGAACGUCGAAAGAGCAAUAACGUUAUUAAGAAACACAACUACUUUGCACGUGCAUCAAGCUUUUUUGUACAUUUUUUGUCGUCACUGCACGACUCGCGUGAAAUGCCUAAUUGCACGUUUUUUGGAGGACGUAAACAAGCGGCAGCGAAUUUUCUUUCUCUCUCUUAACUUGAGAGCGGUCCAGGCCAAUCAACUCCUGGAAAAUUCCCCUACAUUUGACGUUUUCAGCGAAUUGGAAUAAAUGUGAAUUCAUCGCCAUUGUCGAUGCUAAUUAAAGCUCCAUAACGACUCUAGAGAUCGUAUCCUGUAAAUUGGCUGCUACCAAAGAGUAUCCUGCAUUAAAAAAAUUUUUUUGUUGUUGUUCAACGUAAGACUCUUAUCUUACUGGUAGAGUUUUCAUUUCAGGUGUGUUUGCGGGAUAAUUUUUCUUAAUCACCCAGCCCCUCCCUCAAAAGGAGGAUUCUUUUCAGUGGCUUAGAGUUAUAAGUUAAUUGCUUUAUUAUAAGUAUAUAAACGGAGGCUUCGCUUUUAGCCCUGGCUAAAUCUAUAUAUUUAACCGGAGAUUGUCUUCAGUCUCCGCUUUACAAAAAAAAAUACACGUCCAUACGUAACCUAUUCGAAUCGUUUUCGCCUGUCUACACGAAAACGCUGGAUGGAAAUACGAUAGCAUAUCCUUUACGGAUCGUGCAUAAUGCCAGUCGAAUAUGAUGUAUGAUAUCAUCGUAUUCGAAAACCUUCGUUUUCGUCCAUCCAUACGAAAACGAUAAGCCGGCGUUUUCAAGCGUUUUUGGAAAGGUGCGUUUUCAGUGACCAUUUUCACCGGAUACGUGUGGACGGUAGGCUAAACCCGAAAAAAAUCUCCCUUUAAAAAAAAAACCUUCACGUGUAGACGGGUCCUGAGAGGAAUCAUGACUAUCGUUAAUGCAAUGAUUCAUGCAGGUUUUUAACAUAUACGCGGCAAAUGGCACGGUGAUCUCAUAUCGACCCGGAGCACCUUCCCAAGUACAUGAGGUUGUCAACGGCAGUGUGAUUUCACAUCCGCUGGGGGCAGGAGGUGCCGCUGGAGCAAUAACAGGCACUGGUUUUGGUCAAGCAACAUCACAAGUUUCCGGUAAUGCCACAGCAGAAGGCCAAGCAAGUGUUUCUGCAAUUACCUCUCUUACGCAGAAUGGUACAGAAAGGUACAGAUUCCUUUCUUUUAAUCUUCAACAUGGUCAUGCAAAGCUUUUUUGUUAUUUAGUUGUUGGCUGCGGUUAGACAAAACGAUCAAAUAACUACCAUACCUAAGCAUUUUUAACUUGACACAAACAGUUGCAUCAAAUAACAAAAACUUCAUUGAAAAUUUAUGUAAAAUAAAAACCAUUAUGAGGAGCCAGGAGCCCAUAAUCCAGAGCGAGCAACUCCCAUACUAGGCCUAUGUCACGGCGUUUUUACAGACCGGUUUAUUUUUAGACACAUUUUAGGGCAAUUUUUCCCGCGAAGAUGGAAUCUCCACCACGUCUAUAAACACAUUCGAAGUAUAAGAUAUCAAAACGUCAUUAAAAGGCAAAAAUUAUCAUUUUUAGGUCUGUAGGUUUUGCUGACUGGUUUGUUCGACUUAAAAGAUAUUCGAAAUUGGCGCCAAAACCGUUCUAAAAAUAAACUGGUCUGUGAAAACGCCGUGACACGAGUGCAUGGAAGUUGCUCGCUCCAGGUUAUGGGCUCCUGGAGGAGCCAAAUAUUUACAGUUCUUAAAAACCUUCAAGCUGUAAAGCAAUUUCCGUCACAUCAAUUCCUCUGCGUUGUCAAAGGAACAAUGCCAGCCGCAAAAUGUAGCCCCCGGGGUCAAUUCAAUAAAACGUUUACACUUGUAAUUUACAAGUGUAGCCAUGGUUCAAGAGUCUGAAAACAAUAGCUACUCUUGUAAAAGUUGUAUUAAAUUGACCCGAGGUCAACAACAGCAAUACCAUUGUAAAUGUCAUUACUGACUUACUGUGGGCGACAAGAGGAGCCCGCAAUCUUAAUCUCAGGUUGUUAUUACGCAUGGGCCGCAUGUAUGUAGCCAGCAUUCGUUUGGACUCCUCGUAAUCUGAUCUGCGCGUGCUUUAACCUUCUGUCAAGUGAAACGUAGGCAAAGCACAUGCAGCGAUGGAGCAAGACUAGCGAGUGAGCGUUGGACCUGCGAUUGUUGUCGCCCGCACUCCCUAACCUUUGGUUAUUACUAGUUAUAAGAUCUGACGCUGGUAUUUCAAUCGAUCAGUCAUAUUGAAGUUGCCUUUUGUGAUUGUCACUUAGUGCCACCACCAGCGUAUUACAAGGGGCGUUUGUAUACAAUGCAGCGAAACCCUACUUCAUAUUCCCGAACACGUCUCCUGGCGUAUAUAUCAUAGCGACACAUAAAAAGUUUAUAGAGCGUCACGGAUUCGCUCGAGUGCGUAAGUAUUCAAAAGCAAAUCAACUUAUAGUGAAGUCGAAGUAUAUUGUGCCAACUACUUCCUAUCUUCUUUUACAACCCCUCGACAAAGUCAAAUUACGAAUUCCUUCACCAGUGGCCGACCUAAGGGAGGGGCUCGGGGGGCCUGUCCCCCCCCUUAUUUUUAGACCAAACUAAGGUCCGAAGGGCCGAAAAAAUGUUUCUUUAACCCCCCUUUUCUCAAGGUCUGGGUGCGUCACUGUGUACAGUCUAUAUUCCUUUACUCGAGUCUUUGCUUUUACAUGACUGCAACAUUUGAAGCUUAACGGGUAUUUUUAGGAGGUAUAUAUUUUUCCGUUUUUACCGUAGUUGUACACGGUGGUUUGUACGUGAUCCAUUCUUUAGACUCCCCUGCCUAUCAGAACCCACGUGAAAAUCUUUGCUGGCGAAUCACUAAUGGAAAACUGGAGUUAGCACGUCGCUGUCAGGUAACUAUUAAGAAUUCAAAAAAGGCCAUUUCCCAGUUGCAAAAUCUUUCACUUUAAAUAGCGAGGCUAAGUGCACAAGUGUUUGUCGGUGAAAAUGAGUUCUAUUUGCGUGAGAAUAGAACAUCAUUUCGCACUUAGCCUCGCUUUGAAACAAGUCUGAGGCAACUCAGAAGUGGCCUAUUGCUUUACUACGAAAGUAAUGAGCAAAUGUGACUUCACAAAAAGAACUGAACUGAAUAGCAACUGCCCGAUGAUACAUUGAAACAGCCAUUGUCAAUUCUGUCAAUUUUCUUAAUUCACAUGGUACUUUUGUUUUACUUUAUUAAUGGAAUAUUCCAUUAUUAAAAUAUUUACUCCUUUCUUUCUUUUUUUUUAGGUUUUUGCAGCCCAUAUUCCGGGAUUCAGGAAGGGUAACGAAGAAUAUCAAACCAUAUCGUUCGAGUCAAUGUGUUCCCCUGGUAACUAUAUUCGACAAAAGAACUACAGAUUUGUCUUGAGUAGAACGGGAGAUCAGAUAUUCAGUAAGUUUGAAAUAGAACAUUUCCAGGGGCUUUUAAUUUCCUGUUUGGAAUGUAAAAAUUCCAAAACAGGUUGAACCUGUAGCUUUGAAAAAAAAAAUUCAGAAAAGAAACCUUUUAUGAUCAUUUUUUGUUUUUGCCUUUUUUAAAUUGUUCUCCCUUAAUUCCCUCCUUCUCCUCCCCUCCUUCUCCUUCCCCCUCCUCCUCCUCCAUCUCCAGCUCCUCCUUCCUUCUCCUCCUCCUCCCCACCUCAAGUUCCAGCUCCUCCUCCUCCUCCACCCCCUUCAGAUCUUCCUUGUGUUUAUUUUUUACCUCCUCUUCCUCCUCUUCAUUUCUUGUUGACUAACUUUUUAUUGUUCUCCCACUUCCUUGUCGUUCUCCUCCUCCUUCUCCUCCUACUUUCCUCCUACUUUCCUCCUUCUUUCCUCCUUCUUUGACCAUUGACCUUUCCAAUUUUUAUUUCUUCCUGGAAAUUCUGCUGAAAAACGCCCGAGUCUCUUUGCAACCCCAGUAAUUUGAUAAUACUAGGACAGCUUUCUCUAUUUUCUUGUGCGGCAUCAGCACUUACGUGAGGACCUUGAUAGAAGCUGAUCGCAGAAAAUUAUUUGAAUGCAGCUUUAAUUACAUACAUUUAUGUCAUCAACAGUCCUAUUCAGGACUACCCUCACCCGGACAAUCAUUUCCAUCUACUUAUGACAUGACUCCUGGGUUCAAACCAUUUACUACUUUACAUAAAUUAAUACACUGUACCUUAUUAAUUUUUAGAGAAGGAUGCCAGUGCAGUUUUUAAUCAGGUAUUUUCGUUGCCUGAAGCAUUUCAAUUUAGCCUCUUGAGAAAAGGCUGGUACAUUUGCAGAAGCAGGGACAAACAUUACCACCGAAUUCAAAUUGUGACAGACUUCCACAUGUCUCCCCUGAUUUGGCUGAGACGUUGCUCAUUUGUCCUAAGACCCAUCACUGAAAAGGAGAACCCCUUAAUGAACUGUUUCAAAUUGCUCACUACAAAGCCCCCGGUGACCGUUACAAAGCCUGCUAAACCAACCACCCGGGCAACAACUGGCACAACUCCCCACCAUCCUGAAGGUACAAUUGAAUAUUUUCAUAUCAUUCACAUGUUUCAUAUCACUCGUAGUUUUUAUGCCAAUGAAGAGCCCAUAACUUGCAGCGAGCAACUCCCAUACUAGGCGUAGGUCUGUCACGGCGUUUUCACGGACCCCUUAAUUUUUAGAUGCAUUUCAGAGCACCAUUUUUCGGGAAAAUGGAAGCCCACUUCUUCUAUGAGAAGACGUACAGAGGAAAGGAAAACUCAGCGUCAUUAAAAAGUCAAAAAUACCAUUUGAGGUCUAUGAAUUCUACUUACUCGCUUAUUCUAAAUUGCGCGGAAAUCGUGGAAAGGCCUGCCCAAUAAGAUCAGGGCAAAUAACAACUUAGCCGCCUUCAAGGAGGGGCUUAAAAAAGUGAUAAAUCAAAUGCAAUUCAGUCGGAGAUCCAGACCUUCAGAUAAGGGGGGUGUCCGGUCAUCCAGACCCUGACAAAAGCGGGAGGCCCGGUCUCCAAAAAAAAAUUUUUUUGGCUCUUCGGGCCUCAGUUUGGUCUAAAAUUAAGGGGGGAGGCCCGAGCCAGGCCCCUCCCCUAAAUCUGCCACUGCAAUUAUUGUAAACUGAAACAUUGUAAAUAGUCAGAACUGUAGCUAGAAACCUGUAAAUAGUAAAAUGCAAUGAUUUCAUGCAAAGUCGGCCGAGUAAAUGUUUUUAGUCUCUUUUCGUUACUACUAUUCAGUUUGAGUUAUAUUAUACACGACCACGACACAUCAGCUACGCUGUUUAAAUGAAAGAUAAUCUUGUCGUUCUAAAAAUAAACUUGUCGGCGAAAACGCUCUGAAAUAAAGGCAUUGACUACUGGUCAACUUGUUUGUUUAGGACUUCGUAUAGUUUUUUUUUUUUUGGAAUGAUAAGAUUACUUCGUCUUGUAAUUAAACUGUAAUACAGUUAAAGGCAUAUCCAUUAACGUUUUCCCAACUUAAAAUUUAUAAAGGAAUUCUAUAUCAAUUGUCAGACGCACAAAAAGCCAACGUUGACAUAUUAUAAAAACAUUUUCAGGCCUCAACAAUUAUCCAUUAUUUUUGGUCCUGCAAAGUCCAUAAGUUUAUAGUGGGUACAAGUGUGUUUCUCUGAUUUCAAGUUCGAUCCUUUGAUACCUAGGCCCUUGUGUGAAUAUACGUUUUCACAACACUGCUGGUGUGCCCUUCGUGUUGCAUUCCAGUCUUAAGCCGGAGGGAUAUUUGGUCACAGGACAAAUGUUAGAGCUUCAUUACGUAAUAAAAAACAAUCAAGUGACAACGCAGGUCGCUAAUGACGAUUCUGAGCGACAAAUGCAGCUUCCGGUAAGAACACGCAUGAUUCUACCCACUAAGACGAUCUCUUAAACUUGGCUAAUCGAUCCAGAUAGAACUUCAGCUAUCUGGAGUAUCCGGGAUGUUCAGGCACGCUCUAAAGCAGGCUCCAAAGAAUUUUCUAUUUUGUCUGGCUUAUGUGCUAUGAACCAAUUCUUGUACAGUGAUUGCGGCGUUUAUUUUCACUUUCUCUGAGUAUACUCUUUGUAUGCAUUACUGUUGUCAGCUUAUGUAGGCAAGUUAGAAUAUAAUGUUGUAGUUAAUUUUUUAUCUCAGGUAAUUUUUGUUUUUCUUUUGUGUCAUGGCGAUCAACUUCUUUAGCAUACAUUACAAUGCCCAAAAACAAAAGAAAAACAAAAAUUACCAGAGGUAAAAAAUUAACUGCAAUAUAUAUACACAGUGAAAGCGCUGUUGGAAUAAAAUAUCUUCAUCUUUAAAUAUCUUUUAACUUUCUUUUAGAAUUUGGACGUUUUAGUAACUAAAUGCUGAUUUUUCCAAUUUUCGUAAGGUAGAUCGUAUUUUGAGAUACGAAACACUUGAGAAGUUUAGAGAGCACUCAAGUAAAGUCAGAAUAUAAUGGCCCAUCUCGGUGCCCAAGGAGAUUGGUGAAGUUGAAGAUGACUCAAUUUGUUCUAAAAAUAGCAAAUUUCAUUAUUUCGAUGGAAUCACGUAGACCCAUCGCUUGCGGUCUCCUGUCCCGAUGAAGGCUCCUGGUAUGAACUGUAAACUCUUUUUAUGGUUUCCACUUCGCAGUUACUGAUUUUUUUCUAUUCACAAUUUUGUUUUAGUAUACGGAUGAAUUGCCAGAGGUACAACAGCUUGACUUUCACGAAGCUGUUUCUAAACCAUAUGGAAAACACACAGUCGCUUUCUGGGCUACAGAUCCAGCAGGAAAGUACAACAUUCUCUUGGAUGGAAAAAAGAUAUUAUAUGCUAUUCCUGGUCUUGAUUGUGAUCACUUCAUACAAGUUACCGUAACUUCCCACCCUAAAAUAAGUAUGUGCAGUCUCUUAGCCUCCCUUAAAUCACAGGUUACCUUCACUAAAACAUUGAACAGUAAAAUCGAAAAAUAUCUUGCUCGAGUUUAGUUCCAAAGGGAAUCAAUGUUCAGCAAAGUCUGAUGUGACAGGCAUCCUGCAAAUUAUGACAUAUCAACUUUUUAGCCGACGACCCUGCUCUCCAAGAGCUGUUCCUUUAAUAUUUCUUCUGUUUUCAUGUUCUAGGUACUUCAACUGCAAAGCCCACGACGCAGAAAUUGGCAUCAACAGUUAAGCCAACUCCAACAUACCCACCUCCUCCUCCUCCUCUUCCGCCUUCACCACUUCUUCCUCCACCUCCCGCACCUCCUCCUCUUCCUCCCCCUCCCCCUCCUCCUUCUCUCAUUCGCCCUUCCCCUCCCCCUCGUCCUCCCUCUCCCCCUCCUCCUUCUCUCCCUCGCCCUUCCCCUCCCCCUCUUCCUCCCCUCCCCUCCUCCACUUCCUCCCCCUCCCCUCCUCCUCCUCCCUCCUCCUCCUUCUCCUGCCCCUCCUCCUGCCCCUACUCCACCACAUUUUCCCCGUCCUCCUCCUACUACUGUUUCUCCUCCCCACCCUCCUCUACUUCCGUUUCCUUUUAUCCCUCCUCCUCCUCCUUUUCCUAUUCCCAUUCCUCCCUCUUUUACUACGACACCAAGACCCGCUCAAAGUCCCCCUCCCUCGUGCUUGCCACCAGGUAG